AUGUUGGACGCCAAGAACGAGGUAGACGACGCUGGAAACUGCAACAACAAGAUCCGACCACAGCGCUGUGUCGAGGGCAGCCGGCGCUACGUUGGCCGUGAAUUUACCCGUCUCGUCGUUCGGAGCACAUCGGAGAUCACGUGCAUUGAUGUGUCGGAACUGGAUCUCUGA